AUGUCUGACCGCCUGCCGCUUUUGAGCCGCAAGUUGACCUCAGGACCAGGUUCCUGGGUGUCGUCCUUCUUUUUGGGCACCAAAUUGACAAUCAAGUCAUCGCCCGUAAACUAUCUCCUCGUGUUCGUGCCCUUGGGGCUCUUGGCAGGUAUUCUUGACUGGGGCCUGAAUGCGAUUUUCUGGGUCAAUUUCCUUGCAAUUGUGCCCCUUGCCCUGAUUCUUGCCUUUGCUACAGAGGAGCUUGCUGAGCACACGGGCCAAACAAUCGGCGGGCUUUUGAACGCCACCUUUGGCAAUGCGGUGGAGCUCAUUGUGUCGAUUAUUGCCUUGAAAGAUAACCAGGUCAGAAUCGUCCAGGCACUGAUGCUCGGAUCAAUCUUGUCGAACUUGUUGUUGGUUUUGGGCUGCUGUUUCGUGGCGGGCGGGCUUACCCGUGUGCAGCAGACUUUUAAUCAAACGGUGGCACAGACCAUGUCGUCACUUAUGGCGUUGGCCACCGCCGGUCUUUUGGUGCCUGCGGCGUUUCACGCUGCCAUGCCCAAGCCCAAGGAAGGCAGCGUUUUCCCGGACCCUGACUUGGACUCGGACAUCAAGAUCCUCAGCUUGUCCAGGGGCGUUGCUAUCAUUUUGCUCUCGCUCUAUAUCUUGUAUCUUGUGUUCCAGUUGAAAACACACAAGGCGUUGUUUGAGGAGCAGUCCAGUGAGGAAGAAGCCAUUAUCACCACGUCUGUGCCCAUAGGCGAGGAAAGCGCAGCCGAGACAGAACACUUGUCGAUUGUCGGCGCCUUGGCCGUGUUGGUGGCAGCCACGGUUUUGGUAUCUUUCUGUGCAGACUACUUGGUGGGCUCUAUCGACGACAUUGUGGAGCUGUCUGGAUUGUCAAAGACGUUCAUAGGCUUGAUUGUCAUUCCAAUCGUCGGCAAUGCCGCGGAGCACGCUACUGCAAUCAUCGUUGCCAUGAAGGACAAGAUGGACUUGGCAAUCGGUGUUGCCGUGGGCUCCUCGCUCCAGAUUGCGCUUUUUGUUACCCCGUUCAUGGUCAUCACAGGCUGGAUUAUCGAUGUGCCCAUGUCUUUGUACUUCUCGACGUUUGAGACUGCGAUCAUGUUUGUUUCGGUGUUCAUCACCAAUUUGGUGAUUCUCGAUGGGGAGUCUAAUUGGUUGGAAGGUGCCAUGCUAUUGAGCACAUAUUUGAUUGUUGCUUUGGCAUUUUUCUACUACCCAGACUCGGUGGCCACUUGA